AUGAAUCCAGCCUUGCCGCAGGGUGGUCCGCCUCAAAAGGCACACCCGAUCCACCCAGCGCUGAAAUGUGCCUUGUUCCUUGACUUUCUCUUCCACCUCAAAGGCGUCGAAAAUGUCAGUCGAUUGAAUACAGCAGAUUCAAUCUCCCAUGUCCGAAGCGAUCACCCCCCAGCUCACAGAACCUUGAAUUGGGGUACUAUUAUCACGAGCAGAAAGAGAAACGCGUCCAUUUAA